AGCACCCUGUUAACUGAAAAGACGGUCGACACGCAACAAGGCAGUGAGUUUAUUCAUUCAAAACUCUGGUCGCGCCAAAUAGUGCCGGUCCCUGUGGAAACUGUACGGAAAAUGUCAUUUGGCAAAGUUUAAAGGGCCCAAAAUGUAUUUCAACAUCAUGGGCGACCAGACGUCUCGAAGAUGCGGCCGCUACAGGAGUGUGGUGCGAAUGCUUAGCGUUUUGCUCCCUCUGAGGCCUGCACCGAGGAUAUUUUUCAAUAUAGUUAAGAACCCAAGUAAUGUUUAUGAUGUCAAAGGUGCGUCCAACGCCAAAGAAAAGGUGCCUGAAACGACAGCACAGACACUGAUUUUCCGCAAAUGUGAAUUCAGCCCCUCUCAAAUGAGUGUGAAGCCUGAUCUUUUGGAGUUUGGAUCAGUAUCAGAAAGUAUUGAUGAUAAAAACAGUUCCAAUGAAGAGAAUAAAGAAGAUGGAGUGGUGACUCAGAAAAUCGACAAUCUCGAACGAGAACUUCAAGAGUUGAGGGAGCAAAUGUCAAGAAUUAUGGCUGCGCAGUGUCAAAUAGACAAAACCAGGGAGGCACCAAGAAUUCCUCAACCUCCCCCAAUGGCCUCAUCUACACCAUCUGCUCCAGCACCUCCUCCCCCACCCCCACCUCCUCCACCUCCUUUGCCCCCAAUGAUGAGCCUUUCCACACCCAAGUUGGUCAUCACCAAGUCUCAGACUGCGAAUGCCAACACUCCUAAACGUCCUGGUAUGAAAAUGCCAUUUGACAUGGCAGAUGUAUUAAAAGACAUGGGAAAAGUGAAGCUCCGACGCAUCGAAAGGUCGCCUGGUGGCACACCCCUCAGACAAGCGCCUCCGGCCACUGAUCCCAACACAGUUUUGAUGAAUGUUCUCAAGAAAAGGUAUGCUGCCAUGCAUGACAAAACCCCAGAGAAGAUUCAUCGUUGUCUUGAAUCAGACUCUUCCUUUGGAGAAGACAACUUCAGUCCUCAAAUUAUAUGCUGAAGGGACCAUGCCUGCUUCCAGCAUACCUCUGACACUGCAGCUGAUUAACUCAUUGCUGUUUCAUGGUUUUAAUGUUGUUCAAUGAAUGUUUUAAUUUAAGGUUUCCAUCUAUGUUUGCAUGAUUGAAUGUGAGCAUUAUUUUUUGAUAACAGUUUCAACUGUUGCUUUUAUUAUCCACCUGUGAUAUUGAUGUACAUUCUCUGUGAGAAUUCUCUUGUAAUGUUAAUGAAAUUAAAUGACUAGAUACUUAA